GCUUGAUGUUGCUCCUGCUGGCCUUCUUGGUGUCUGUGGAGGCCUUACAAGAGCCCGUCGUAAACUUGCGCAAUGGCACCGUCACAGGGAUUAAAAUUUACACUGAUGGAAGAGUACCUGUUCUGGCAUUCCUCGGAAUACCUUUUGCCAUUGCUCCUGUUGGAGAAAGAAGAUUUUCGAUUCCAGAAUCGCACCCUGGCUGGACUGGCAAUCUAGAAACAAAGAGUUUUGGGCCAGCCUGCGUACAACCAAUUAAAGAACUACAUCCCAGAUUCGGUACUUCUCCACCUCAAGAUGAAGACUGUCUUUUCCUCAACGUUUGGACACCUGAAUUCCAGACAACAAAGGGGUACAGAAAGGCACCUGUGCUAGUCAUAUUGGAAGGGGAAGGAUUUGUAUCUGGCUAUCCUGGGCGAAUACCUGCUCAGGAUGUAGCAGCUGAAGGAAUAGUUGUCGUCUCCGUCAGCUACAGACUAAAUGUAUUUGGUUUUCUGUGCCUGGAAAAUAGUGAAGCUAGAGGAAAUUUAGGAUUACUAGAUCAGUAUCUCGGUUUAUUAUGGGUAAGACAGAAUAUUGAAUUUUUCGGAGGUGAUCCACAAUCAGUAACACUUCUUGGUCAUUCAGCAGGUUCUGUUUCAGUCCUUCUGCACCUUAUUUCUCCACGUACAUCAGGUUUGUUCCAGAGAGCUAUCCUAAUGUCAGGCAGUGCUGUGAGUCCUUGGUCAAUGUCAAGCCACCCUUCAAACAGUUCAUUCCAGAUUGCGAGAAGUCUUGGAUGCAUUGGAAAAUCUAGAUCUGUAUUGGCUUGUCUAAAAACCAAAAGUUCAGCCGAGCUAUUGAAAGCAUUUGAGACUCAAUACAUGAAUGGCAAUUGGUCAGAUCUUCCACUUCCAGUUGUGGAUAACUUUUUAUAUGCACAAGACCAGUAUUUACCAUUAGAUCCACUCACAGCAUUGAAAAGUGGCAAUAUGACAAAAAUACCCAUCUUAACUGGUAUUACAAGCCAUGAGGGAGCUGUAACCAUGUCUCAAUGGAAUGAUCUAGAACAGCAAGGGUUUUCUCAGCUAAAGCAUCUGUUCCUUUCUUCUAUCAUACCGUCCGUAGCGAAAAAGUAUAAUUUUCACAACAAUUCUAAUUUUGAAGAGAUAUUAACGGUAUUAAAAGGAUUUUAUUUAGACCAAAUAAAAAAUGGUGAAGUUAAUAAUCUGAUAAAUACGAUACUAAAUUUUUAUUCUGAUUCUCAAUACAAGGCCCCACACAUGAAGCAAAUUUCAUACUUAGCAGCAAAAACCAAUAAGAAUCCUGGUAUUGUUUAUGCAUAUUUGUUUGAACAAGAAGUCAAUCAUCUUUAUAGACAUCUUAACAUUUCAGGUUCUGGACAUGGGGAAGACUUGCUGUUUCUUUUUGGGCCUUCUAUAAUUAAUAACAUUCAUAGAGUGCGAUUUACUCCAGCUGAAGAAAGAUUGGGGGCAAUCAUGAAACGUUUUUGGAUUGAUUUUAUCAGAAAAGGAAGAAUCAGUGCAAAUCCUGUUGCUUUUGGUGUAAGCUGGACUGAAUAUUCCCCUCUUGAGGACAAUUUUAUAAUUUUCCGUGCUGAUAAUAAUUUACCUGCAACACAAUCAGUGAUCAGAUCACCAAUGCCAACAUUAGCGAAGGAUGCGAUAGCAAAACAAAUAAUUUGGUUAUGGAACGAACUUUUGCCAAAUUUGAGAGAUUUGAGAAAAGAUGAAUUAAGCCAUUGUCUAGACGCAACAGAAAUGCAACUCACUUCAGAUAUACCGUACAGAAGCGCUAUGUAUACGCUUAUUUCAUUUGUGGUCAUUCUUCUUGUACUACUGAUCGUCUGCGUGGUACUUCUUAAAAAGCAGGCUACGGAAAGGGAGAGGGACAUGUUCUGACAAGAACAGGGCAGGACGAGGCACCGUUACACAACACGAAAUACCGAUAUCACAUUCCAGAUACCAAUUAAAAGUUGGAAAUAUAACAUUACCUCAAACAAAUUAUAGUUUCAUAGUAUUAAAAAGAAACCGAUGAUAUGUCAAAGACGAUUUGAUGGAAGCUAGAAAUUUCUUUCUCCAAAAACUCUAUUCUAAUUUACUACUUUCACCUAAGUCCUGCCCUGGACAAAAUGUAUAUAUUGUUUGUAUUUGUUGAGUUACCUAUGUAAUUUACUCAUUAGUUAUAAUUACUAGAUUUAGUUACACCAUAUUAUCAUUUAGUAUUUUUUAAAUGUCAUUACAAUUAUAUUAUUAAUUUAAGUGUAUAAAUAAAAAUAUUUAUAAAUUUGUCUACAAUUUAA